AUGUCUAUUAUUAAUCUAAUACCGCUGUUCCUAGGAGGUUGCAUGAAUGUUAUAGCAGAUUGCUGCGGGAUUAGCCUGAGGACGUAUGCGAGAAUACAUCGAUCGCUCGGUCGGGUCGCGAUCCUCGAAGGCUUGAUCCACGUCGCGGUUGCUAUAUUAAACCAUCUACCAAACUUAGAGCACGUGGCGGACAGGGCAGCCCUCGCGGCGACGGCUAUCUUCUUAGUUAUCCUAUUCUCCGGUCUUCUAUGGCAGCGCUGGUACGAGGCAUUUUUCUAUCUACAUUUUCUCCUCGGCUCGGGUGCCGUUGCCGUCAUCUAUCUCCAUAGUCCCGCCCCUCUCUUCGCAUUGCCGACGCGCUACUUAUUUACCGCUGUCUGUCUUCAAAUCGCUUCCGGGAUGUUACGCUGUUCCCACAUCCUCUACCAAAACGUUCGAUAUCGUCGCCCCCUAGGUCGGGCAUCCAUACGGACAAUUAAGUUCUGGCAUCCUCCUACACGAAGUCGGUCGGAUGACGCGGCCAGCCUUUGCGAAACGGAUCUCCCCGUGCCAGAUGUUGUCCACCUACAUCCGUUUUACGUUGCUUGGCGGCAUCGGGACCGCGGCAACGACUAUGCCGUCCUCAUCGUCCAGAAGCAGGGGGGCUUCAGCAGACGCCUAUUCUCACGCCGUGGUAAUGAUGUAGACAGCGCUUCGGAUAUGAUGGCACUGGUAGAGGGCCUGUACGGAAAGGAGCUCCGCCUCGAUCUAUACGGCACCAUGCUUCUGUUCGCGACAGGUAUAGGGAUAGCAAGCCAGCUACCCUACGUCGAGCACCUGCUGACGGGAUACCAAAAUUGCGAGGUUAAAACCCAAAGGAUAGCGCUGUUCUGGGAAGUCGAGUCCGAAAGUAAGUAUUGCGACGCGGGAGAUAGUGGCUAG